AUGUCUUCAUUAACUUCAUCAACAUCAUCUACAAAUUCAUUUUCAUCACAUUAUCAUCAACAUCAACAUCAACAUUAUAGUAGUAGUAAUAAUACAAGAAAAAGUUUAUCAUCUUCUACUACUUCUACUACAAAGACAUUACCAAUAAUCGAAAUAUUAGCAAUAAUAUUAAAUAGAAUUGAAGAUCAAGAAAAUGAAGAUUCAUUCUCAAUGGUAGAAUUGACAGAUUAUUUCUCAUUGUGUCUAGUGUCAAAGGUUUUUUACAAGGCGUUUGAACAAAAAAUGUAUAAACGUUUGGUUCAUCACGUCUAUUUUGGCCAGACACUUGCAGAGAAUCUAUUACCAAUCUCUAAUUGGAAGAGAUGCUAUAUGAUUCUAGGUGAUGUGUUUCACAACAAGGAUUGGUCUCUUUGUCCAAUGUGUUUGCGUGAACCUUUGGGUGUCAUUACAUCUACAAAACAAUUGGCUUGUUUUGAUGAUGAAUACUGCAAAUUCAAACUAAGUCUAAGAUUUGAUUGUAAUCAAAUAAAUAUAAAUAAUAAUCAAUACAAUAAUAAUCAAUAUAAUAAUCAAUAUCAUAAAAGAUAUAGUGUUUAUAAAACAACAAAUAGUUUAAAUAGAAUAUAUAAUCCACAACAACAACAAAAUAAUAAUAAUAAUAUGAAUCAAAUGACAAUUGGGUCAUCUAUAAAUCAACAACAACAACAACAAUGUGGAUGUUUAAAAUGUAAAUUCAAAUGUAAAUUGUGUAAAACUUUGGUACAAGGAGAUAUGGUAUCUUGGAAAUCAUUGGCCAAAGAGCAAGAGAAAACUUUGCAUCUUGGCGAAGAUGCAAUGGAAGAAGACGAAGACGAUGAUGACGACCAAGAGGAAGACCAGAUUUUGAUAAAGUGCGAGAGAUGUGUCAAUUUAUUUAGAGAUAUUCAUACCUCUGAUGAUACUAUUUUUACUCUUGAAGAUUAUCAUUAA